AUGUUUGGAAGUUUCAAGAAUUCCAUGAUAGUUGAAUUUGAAAUGUCUGAUCUUGGCAUGAUGCAUUAUUUUCUUAGCAUUGAAGUGAUGCAUUCUUCAAUUGGAAUUUUUCUUUCUCAAAAGAAGUAUGUGCAAGAAAUCUUAGACAAGUUUCAGAUGAAGGAUUGUAAUCCUGUAAAUACUCCAUCUGAGUUUGGUAUGAAGCUAAACAAAGAUAAUGGUGGAAAGAAGGUCGACGACACUCUUUACAAACAAAUAGUGGGGAGUUUAAUGUAUUUGACGACAACAAGACCUGAUAUAAUGCAUGCUGUAAGUGUGAUUAGCAGGUACAUGAAAUGUCCUACAGAGAUUCAUCUCUUGGCUGCAAAAAGAAUUUUCUGGUACUUGCAAGGUACUAAGGAGUUUGGGUUGUUCUACAAGAAUGGAGAAAAGUCAGAUCUAUUUGGCUUUACAGUCAGUCUAGCUUGUGCUUGUCAAGCUAUUUGGUUAAAGAAAAUCCUUAAAGAGCUGCAUUUCAAGGAGGAUGGACCUACUCAGAUUUAUAGUGACAACAGUUCAACAAUAAAGCUUUCAAAAAAUCCAGUUUUACAUGGUUGA